UACUUCAUUUCUCUGGUCACUUUAGAGAGAACCUUUGGUUUGGCUCAGACUAGUAGUCUGGAUAUGGCAGUGAAACGAGCUUUCACCCUAUUCCACUGAAUCGUCAAGAAUAAUCAGGGUGUCAUACAAAUUUUAGUGUUCUUUAGCUAAUUAAAAAAAAAAUCUAUCAUAAAUCCUCUGCUAAUUAAAUAAGUUGGUGGGGUCAGGAGAAUCAGAUUGAUCUUUUUAAAAAAAACGAUUUCUAAGGUGAACUCGCAAAAAUGGAGGCGGUGGGAAUGAUGAGGCAAUCGGGCCCGCAGCAGGAAAGCAGAAAACUUUGGCAAUACCUCGCAACGUGUUCUGCUUGUCUAAUGGCGUUUGCUGUUGGAACUGCUCUGGCUUGGACUUCCCCGGUAUUACCACAGUUUGCACCCACGAAUUCAACAUCGAACACUACGUUAAACACUACGUCCAACACUGCGUCAAAUGCUACAUCAGACUCUAGACUGAUUAUCUCUGAGGAAGAAGGAUCCUGGAUAAGUUCGCUAUUGGCAAUAGGCGCCAUAAUCGGUGCCAUCCCAGCAGGAAGUUUGGCUGACAAACUUGGUCGAAAAAAAGGGAUAUUGAGUCUCUCAGUUCCUUUCUUUGUCUCCUGGAUUAUGAUCAUCCUGGCAUCAAGUGUAUGGUUGUUUUACGUUGCCAGACUCAUUGUGGGAAUUGCCGUUGGUGCAGCUUGCGUCGUGGUACCAACAUACGUAUCGGAAAUCGCUGAAACUUCAUCACGUGGUACACUAGGAUCUUUGUUUCAAUUGUUUAUAACAAUCGGAAUUGUAUUGACUUUCGUGAUAGGGUCAGUAGUGUCAUACAUAGGACUCUCUAUAGCGUGCGCCAUGGUCGAAGUCCUUCUUGUAGCCACAUUUAUCUGGAUGCCAGAAUCACCCACGUGGUUUGUGGCACAAGGUAGAAAGGCUGAUGCUGUGAAAUCACUUGAAGUCUUGAGAGGCGAUAGUUAUGACAUAUCUGAAGAAUUAGCCAGCAUCCAGAAGGCAGCCGAAGAGCAAGCCUCAAGGAAGUCCUCGCCAUUUGCUGUUAUUAAAACUCGAGGAUCUCGCAGAGCUCUUAUUUCUUCACUAGGAACAAUGGCCUUUCAACAACUUUCUGGAAUCAAUGCAGUCAUCUUCUACACUGUAAACAUAUUCAAGGCAGCCGGUAGCACCAUGGAACCUUCUUUGGCAGCCAUUGCGGUAGCUUCUGUACAGAUGGUCAUGUCAGGAGUCGCUGCAGUGAUAAUUGACAAAGCUGGAAAAAAACCACUUCUUAUUUUCUCUUCAGCCGUCACGGCCUGCUGUCUUAUAGCUAUCGCAUUUUACUUUAAGCUUCUGGAAGGAAACAGUGACGUCAGUAAACUUGGAUGGCUUCCACUUACUUCAUUGGUUAUUUUCAUGAUGGCUUUCUCAGUAGGGUUAGGUCCAAUACCGUGGAUGUUGACUGGCGAACUCUUCACUGUGGAGACCAAGCCCAUUGCCUCUAGUUUGGCAGUAAUGACUAAUUGGGGAUUGGUUUUUCUUGUGACAAAGACUUUUCCGACCAUGAAAACACAAUUUGGCUCUGCUAUAACUUUUUCAAUUUUUGCUAUCAUAAUGGGCAUCUCGGCGGUCUUUUCAUUUUUCAUUGUACCUGAAACGAAGGGAAAGACACUUGAGGCUAUUCAACACAAAUUACAUAGAAAACGUCGUCGCAAUAUUGCUUAAUCUAUAAUUAAUAUAACCGUGAUAUCUGGUUGAUUAAAUUUUAAGGAAUCUAAUCCAAAUUGAUUUAAUAUGCACGUAAUACGGAUAUCGGAGAUUCUUUUUUUUUCUCUUGAUAAGAAACGAAUAUGUUGCUAUUUAAUCAUGAUUCAAUUUUUAUCGCUCAUAUAUAGAUUACAUUUAUAUAAUACAGAGUGCUCAUGUCUAACCGCAUGUGAGUUACAGGGUUGGAUGUUUCAUUAAAAAUGUGAUGGAAAAAAAAGUUUUCCGAAACUGCAUAAAGAAAUCACUAUUAUGGUUUAUGGGGUUACUGACUCUGAACCAUAUAUCUUAUUUCCAAAAUCCAAGAUGAUGCAUGCAAUAUAGUCGACUAAAUUCAACUAGUAAUUGAAUUUUUAUGAAACUUGGUAGUUGGGGGUCUUAAGGUCGCUCAUUACGAACUUGAAUUAAAAAAUUCAAAAUUUCAAAAAGCAAAUACAAUAUGGUGACUCAAAAUAGUCAGCCACUUUGGGUCAACCGCCGCUUCCUCGUUUCGUGAUUCUGAAUUCGGCAGAGAGCGGGAUUUAGCAGAAAUUAGGCAAUACGCGUAUUCACGUGAUGAAGCAAAAGUGGCUCGGCAUUUUUUCACGCACACAGCACUGACAGCAAAGGGGUUAGGCUUAUUAAUUUUUGAUAUACAUUUUUGGAAAUAAUUUAAAUUCAAGUUUUUCAUCAUUAAUCUAUCCGUGGUGACUUCGGCAGUCUCCGAUAGAUAAUCGCAAUCCAUUGAGUAGGGUACAGUCAUUUCUUCUUUUAUUAAUUAUUAAAUUUAUUUUUAACAUUGAUAACACCCAUACAGUCCUCUGACUUUACUUUAAAUCAGAAUGUAUUUUAAUUAUUCACCCAGUAUGUCAAUCAGUAAUAAAUAGGCUAGCACUAUGGCUGUUGAGAAUCUUAAGAAAAAAAAUUAUAAAUAUAAGCAAAAACAUGGCUAAAGCGAAAAGCAAUAAUUAGAUCGGACCAACCUAUCCAAGACAUUCCAACUUAACGCUGGUAGACCAAUAAAGAUAAAUUUGAAUGAUAAUUAUCUCGUAAUUUAACCCUCAAAAAUGAACACCGCUUGAUCAGGUGUAAGUUUAAUUUUAUUGUAAAAUCCAACCCUGUUAUGUACAUUCGAUCAGAUGUGAACACCUUGUAUAUUCAUGUUAUCGUACAUUGCAUCUUAUCUUAUAAGUUCACAAAAACAUAUAUUGGAACCAUUUGUGAAAUUGCAGUCAACUUCAUCAAGCAUUUCAUAUUUUGUUCUAUGAGAAUUAAAAAAAAACCUAAAAGUAUUUCGUCAUCCUCUACUAUUUGAUAAAGCACAAACUAUGUUAUUAAAAUCCUUUUAUACGUC